AUGUUUGAAUAUCAAGCAAAAGUUAUCAAGGCUGCUGAAAAAUUUUCAGAAAAGAAUGUUCUAUUAAAGCAACAAGUGGAGAAGCUGGAAGGUGAAAAAAUGGAAUGGGAAGUGGAGAAACUAAACCUGAGAAAGAAAAGUGAUAAUGGUGAUCAUGUGCUUGAAAGAAAACGGCUUCUAGCAAAGAUUCAAAUGCGCCAGGAUGAGGUUUUUCUUGAUGGAACAGAUAACAAGGUUGGAAAAUUUCAAAAUAGUUCGAAAUCGUUAUCUGACAUUUUAAGUUCAGGAAAGAGCUACAAUGAUAGAACCGGACUUGGAUAUACUGGUUCAAAGGCAAGUGAAACAUAUGUUGGAAAACAUGAAAAAACUGAGAAUAUUCAGACUUCCUUCAAUUCAAAAGUGAUCAACUCGAAUGACAUAUAUGAGAAAGAUAUUAAAGAUAUUCGAAGUAAGUUGAAACAACAUGGUCAGUUUUUACGUGAUAUUUCUCACUUUGUUGGUUUAUCUAAAUCUUAUAAAGAAACUAAGCAGGAUGUGAAAAAGACUCAGAGAUAUCCAGAUUAUGAAUCUGAUGAUAAAGAAACUAGAACUGCAAUUGACUCUAUAAAUGUAAUUGCUGAUCAUUAUGUGGAUUUGUCUGAAUUAUCUGAUGAUGGGUUUCCAAGAACUAAUAAUACAAAUGUGCAGUCACAGGGUGAAUCAAGAGAAGUUGAUAAAAGUUUACAACCUGCAACAAAAUUUCGUACAGUUUUUAAACAUGUUCAAAAAGAUCAUUCAACUAGAGAUGUCAUUGGAGAAGGCGUUCGGACAAGAGGAAGGACAAUGGAAAUUGCGUCACACAAAGGAAAAAACGCAGAAAGCUCCGACACUAAAAAUAUGGAAAUUAACAAAGCUCUAGUAAGUUUUAUUAAAGAGAAAGUUAAAGGAACUAAUGCUGAAAUUACAGGUUAUUCUGAUGCAGAUUGGAGAGGUAAUCUGCAAGAUCGGAAAAGUACUAGUGGUGGUUGUGUAUUUGUUGAUCUGUAUGCCUCUUCCACUGUUGGUGAUAUUCUUAGUUUCUUACUGCAAAUCAACAAUGUAGUGUCAAACAAUGCUGAAGAAUACCGCACAUAUAUUGUCCACAUGGACCAUUCCCAGAAGCCUGCUUCUUUCUUAACCCAUGCUUCAUGGCACAAGUCCACCUUACAGUCAUUGAUCCCACCAUCUUCUCUUGCAGAGCACGAUGAUGAUGACAUCAAUGAAAUGCUGCUGUACUCGUACAGCCAUGUCAUGCAUGGCUUCAGUGCCAGGCUUAAACCUACUCAGCUAGCUGAGCUACAGAAAUCUCCGGCUCACGUUGCGACAUCCGAGUCAUUCGGGAAGCUUUUCACAACACACAGCCCCAUGUUUCUCGGACUGAAUAGGAACUCCGGCAUAUGGCCUGCCGCAUCCUACGGCAAAGAUGUGAUCAUAGGGGUUAUUGAUACCGGAAUUUGGCCAGAGAGUGAGAGUUUCCGUGAUAGGGGAAUGUCAGAAGUUCCGAAAAGAUGGAAAGGUACAUGCAAGGAUGGAACGGCAUUUAGCUCAUCUCACUGCAACAAGAAGCUCAUUGGUGCUCGAUCAUUCAGCAAAGGGCUCAAGGUAGCAGGAAUAAAGAUCUCCGGUGAGUAUGACUAUAACUCGACAAGAGACUUCAUGGGUCACGGGAUCCAUACCUCAUCAACAGCUGCAGGUAACCAUGUACUUGGUGUAAGUCACUUCGGAUAUGCAAAAGGCAAUGCAAGAGGGGUGGCACCCCGUGCCCAUGUUGCCAUGUACAAGGUCCUGUGGGCAGAAGAUAGUUUGAAGAGUGCAGCUACUGAUGUGCUUGCUGGCAUGGAUCAGGCCAUCUCUGAUGGAGUUGAUAUCAUUUCAAUCUCUCUAGGCUUUGAUGUUGCUCCUUAUUUCAACGACGUUAUCGCCAUUGGUUCUCUAUCAGCAAUUGAGAAAGGAAUUGUUGUGGUCUGUGCUGCAGGGAACGGCGGUCCAUAUCCAAGUACAACAUACAAUGGGGCGCCUUGGAUCAUGACAGUAGGAGCUGGCACACUCGAUCGUAGUUUCACUGCAAGAAUGAUUCUAGAGAAUGGGUGGACUGUUGAAGGAGAAUCGUACUUCCCUGAUAGUGUUUCCAUUUCUGAUAUCCACCUGUAUUACGGAAAAGGCAAUGUGAGCAAAGCAACUUGCAGCCACAUGGCAUUGAAUCAUAAAGAAGUUGCCGGAAAGUUAGUCCUCUGUGACAAUCCUACCAAGUCUGAUGUUUAUAAAAAAUUGGAAGAGGUAAACAGGGCUGGUGCAUAUGCAGGAAUCUUCGUCACUGAUGUCUCAGACUUGUACACAGACGACUUUACCAUUCCCAUGAUGAUUCUGCCAACUGCUACCGGAGAUUACAUUAAAGAGUAUGCAACACAGAUGAAUACAACUAAAGUUAAGAGUCUCACAUUUGUGCAUACAAAUUUGGGUACAAAGCCAGCUCCACAGGUGGCGGACUUCUCCUCAAGAGGACCAGACCCAAUCGGCCCAGGUUUAUUAAAACCAGACAUUCUUGCUCCAGGGGUUAAUGUGUUGGCUGCAGUUGCACCUAAUAGGCCGGUUGCAGGAGUAAGUAACUAUGAUUUACUGGCAGAGUAUGCAAUCGAGUCAGGCACAUCAAUGGCUGCACCCCAUGUCGCCGGGGUGGCAGCUUUGGUUAAAGCUGUACACCGCGACCGGACCCCAGCAGCCAUUCGAUCAGCAAUCAUGACCACAGCAUACACUCUCAGUAAUACUCAGACCACCAUAGAAGACCAAUUGAAUGGUCUUCCAGCCACACCUUUAGAUUUUGGGGCAGGCCACAUCAACCCAAACAAGGCCAUGAACCCUGGACUAGUCUAUGACAUGCAUAUGCAAGAUUAUAUCUAGUAUCUAUGUACCCUUGGAUACUCCGAGGUUCAGAUGUCUGCUGUUAUUAGACGAAGUCGACGGGGUUUCACACAACUACCUACCGACCUAAAUUACCCUUCAUUUAUGGCUAUUUUCAAUGCAACAAACAUUGCUACACCAAGAGCCAAGAGCUUUAAAAGGACUGUUACAAACGUUGGAGGGGAUACAGAAACUUACCAGGCAUAUUUUGAUGUUCCUAGUGGAAUGAGAAUUGCAGUUGAGCCUGCAACACUAACAUUCACCAAAAAGCAUCAGAAGCAAUGUUUCGUCCUGAGCAUAGAGAUCGACAAUGAUGCUCCAAAGGUGAUCUAUGGGUACCUGAGAUGGGUUGAUGAUCAAGGUAAGCACUAG